AUAAUAAUCUUUAUCAUUCUUUAGAGGUCACAUAUUUUGGUUGGUUUGUUGUUGUAGGUCCUCAACAAGUUGCUUCUUUUUUAUUUAAAACAUUAAAUCGCAAUGUUUAAAGAACGUUUUCCUUGAGCCGGAUCUAAUACAAUGGUUUUGUGAUUGCAUAUAACAGCUAUUGGAAUUCGAAAUUAUUACCUCGCAUUACCAUGAUCAAACCCCCAAUAGGUUAAGUAAUAUUUCACCAAAAUCUAUUAUAGAAUUUUUACAUAAUCAUCAAUUUACGCGUCGAAAAGAACUAGCAUGAAAUUUUGUUAAUUGCAUAAAAUAAACGAUGGGGGUAACUCUGACGAAGGCCGCGCGGACAGCGUUCGAAAUCACCAAUGAGCUGUUUAUAGCUGUAGGAUCUGGCAUUUGGGGCAUUGCAAUAUUGGCAAAUCAUGGACUGAAGCACAAUAGAUUCUUUGGUACAUCGAUUAUUGUAUCUUUAACUAUAGCUAGUCUUCUAUUUGCUUUCCGAACAAAUGAGCUAUGCAUGCCAGAUAGAAAGAAAUUUAUUGUUAUAACAGGAUGUGAUUCUGGAUUGGGAUUCUCAUUGGCACUGCAUGCUAGUGAGAUGGGUUUCAGUGUUCUUGCAGGAUGUUUAAAUUUGGAAUCGGAGGGUGCAUGCAUUUUGGCCUCACAUCAGAAGCAGGGCUUAAUUUGUUUUAAACUUGAUGUGACUCAGAAUCAGAGCAUUGAAAAUGCGAUGCAAUUCAUUCACGACGUUUUAACAGAAGAUAAAAAUAAUGAGCUUUGGUGUGUUAUUAAUAAUGCUGGUGUUAUGAUAUUUGGAGAAUUUGAAUGGUUGACUAACAACCUAAUUCAACAACAAAUCAAUGUGAACUUAUUGGGAACAAUGCAAGUCACUAAAGCUAUUUCUCCACUAUUACGAAAACAUAAAAGUCGUCUAAUAAAUGUUGUUAGUCAUUGCGCUCUUGCCACCCUUCCUGGAUUAGCAGUGUAUGGUGCCACAAAGGCGGGAAUUUACGCUUUCAGCGAUGGGAUCCGAGUUGAAUUAGCCAAAUACGGGGUUCGGGUUGUUUCAUUCGUGCCCGGAUCAUUUCCGUUCCAAAGCAAUAUUAUGCUGAAGCAACAUGAUCAUUCUGAAGAAAUGCGAAGUGCGUUCACGUCAGAGCAAGAAAAGUUUUACGGAAUUUACUUUAAAAAGUACAACUCUUACCUAUGUGCAAUAUCAGCUAUGAUAAAGCAACCAGGGAAAAUUUACAUGAAAGACUUAUACGAGAAUUUCGAGAACGCGCUGAUCGCUCAACAUCCCAAAGCACUGUACAUAGUUGAACCCAUGAGAUACAAAUAUUACCAUUUCUUCUUCAAAUACAGUCCGUACUUCAUUAGGGAUUAUCUUGUAAAUAAAUUUAUAAUGAUGCCGGCUUUCGAAAGGCCUGAAGACUACACCGAAUACGAUCUCUAUUGAUCUCAUCUCUGAAAUGAAAAAAUAAAAACGACUGAAAAUAAAUAAUCUUCUAAAAUUCA